GAGAAAGAGAAUUUAUGUUGUUCAGAAGGGAAUUGUGUUCCUUGUGUUCCUCGGAGACCGUUAUGCUCCAUAUAUGGUCAAAGGUAAUGUGCUGUUCGGUCUAGCGAUUAAGGCAUCAGGGCUAGAAACCAGGAGACCAUGAAUUCUAAUCCUACCUUAGGUAUAAAAGCCAGGAAGGGGACCUUGGCCCAGUCACUUUCUCUCAACCUGAAGAAACAGCAAACAACUUCUGAAAAACCUUGCCAAGAAAACUGCAGAGAAGUCCACGGAAUCUUUGAAAAACUGGACGUGGUUGUAUGAAAAGGGGAAAAAAAGAAGUGCUGUUAUCUUCCCUUCCCCCCCCCACCAAAAAUAAUUGUUAGAUCAAAGGUGGCUUUGAAAAGAUAUUCAGAUCCCAGCCAACGCAGCAUGUCUUUUUUCUCUGGCUAUUAUAUUAGGGGGGGGGCGGUUUUCCUCUUUUCUUCAGAUCUACAGGAAGGGUAAAGAAACGUCUCUUGCAGCCGCACCUUCAGCUGGUGAGAGGGAUGAGGCUGGUCUUCCUGCUUGCUGUGAUGCUCUUCCUAGGAGAUCAUGGAAACAGAAACAGCCUUGAUGAUAAAACCUUUGAUGUGUCUUCUUCCCGCUGUUGGUAUCCGAGGGAUGUGCCUGGAUUUCCACUGCUGGGUGUUGCACGAACCACCCAAUCAAUUACUUGCUUCCUGAAUUCGAUGAUCUUGUAUUUGCUUCUCCUCCUGCAAUCCUGGGUUGUACCCAUCUCCGCUACCAUCUCACUCAUCGGAUUGGGAUUACCUGUGUUUCCCCAAAAAUAAGACCCUGUCUUAGUAACUUGAUUCAUGGCUUCCAGUUGGGCGCUUUCCUGGGACAUAUUAACCUCCUUCUUGUUGGGAGACCCACCGAAAUGCUUGGAGAGACUUCCUUUUGUGGGUCUGGAGAGGCUCCCCGUUUCAAGAAACUCCUGUUUACCCGUCUCCAUCUGUUGAAUCAGAUGGAGGGAGGGAACCAUUUUGCUGAGGCUUAAAGCCAGCCGCCUUUUCCAUCUCCCUCCUCUCCUCCCCCCCUCCCCAAAUUAUCUGGGGAAACUGCCAAGGAACUGGAACUUAAGCCAAAGCUGGAGCUAUAACCAGUCAGACCAGAAUAUGGGAUGCUGCCCCUCCCCCAAUUUUCUUCAGGCAGAACGCUCAUGUGCAUGUGCCAAGUUGCGGAUUAAUAGCUUUAAGAGGCACUACGGAUCAUGCUUGGCUGUAGAGGUAGCCAUGGUGGAGGUGCAACUGGAAGACUAUGACUACCCUUGGGAGCUGCUGGUAGCCUUCAGUGCCUGCACGACGGUGCUGGUGGCCGUCCACCUCUUUGCCCUUAUGGUCAGCACUUGCAUCUUGCCCAAUAUUGAAGCCGUCAGUAACAUCCACAACCUCAAUUCAGUCAACGAGUCUCCCCACGAACGAAUGCACCACUAUAUUGAGCUGGCCUGGGGCUUCUCCACGGCCUUGGGGAUCUUCCUCUUCCUCACUGAAGUGGUGUUGAUUUGCUGGGUAAAGUUUAUGCCUGUCGGCAACAUGGCGACGAGCAGGAAGUGCUGCGCGCCAGAAAGGCUCCAUGAUGGUAACGCCACAACCUCUACAGACAGCUCUGGCUGGAACGCUGCCAUGGCCUCCACGGUGAUUAUGGUUCCAGUUGGCGUCGUGUUCAUCAUCUUUGCUUUGCAUUUCUACCGCUCCUUGGUGGGGCACAAAACUGAUAGGCACCAACAAGAGCUGGAAGAACUUAACCAGAUCAAAUAUCAGUUGGACGGAGAAGCCACAUCUCUGCAAGUGGUGUGAGUUGGCAGCCUCACUUGAACUGCAAUCGAUGUGAACUUUUAGAGAGAAAGGCCCUGCCGUCGGUUGUAUCAUUUUGUCUCGACAGAAAAACUGUUAUGUAACUGCCACUGUUGGAAUUUAACCCCAAAGCUGUGAUGUUGAUGUCACUCCACAGUCUCCAAUAUCCCAACAUUUGUUUGCAUUUCCUAGGAGACAAUUUUCAAGACCAGGAGAACUUGUUGAAAUAGACCUGCUCCUGAAAAGCAGGGAGUGAAAUCUAGGGAGGCUUCCCUGGGGAACUUUCCUGUUGGGUAGAUUUUUGAUCGUAUGGUAAAAUGUUUACAGGAGGCAGUUGUUGGGGGGGAGAGAAAGGACAGCUUUAGUCUCUCCAGGGGUGAGAUUUUUACUUUGUCCUGUAAGAUUUCAACUUUGUCUGCAGAACUGGAGAAGAUAAUCAAAAGGUCUUUGGUGUUUCUGACAUUUCAAAAUGGGUGGGUUUGAAAAGGUUAGUGCAGUCUGUUCAUUUGCAGUCCAUUUUGCUUCUUUUCUCAUCUUUGUAUAUAUGGAAUGGUAGAGUUCACCAACCAAGAUUGGUUGGGCUAACUUUUGAACAGGUGUUCGAGCUGCUAGGUGCCAAGAAAGAGGUCUAACAUUGUGGCCUAAUUAGCCCUGACGUUCUCAAGCUGGCGUCCUCUUCAGCUUUCACUGUGCAGUUCCCCUUGCUGCUUGUUGGACAAUCUGAAAAUAUGCCUAAUACCAAACCUUUUCAUCAGUUUGACGGAAAGUCGCUGAGUCUCCAGAAGGCCUGGCCUUGGAUGCUCAAAGGGGGUAAGAAGUACUUGCAUCUUUGAUUCGGCAUUGUAAAUGCAAUUCUUCCAGUUGGUCCCUUCCCCUGCCCACCCUUCUUGGGAUGCCCUGAAUCCAACAUUCCCAGGCAGAGCGUUUGAUCUAGCACCGUGAUGGUGAACCUAUGGCAUGUGUGCCGGACGUGGCACCCAGAGCCAUUUCUCCGGGCAUGCGAGCUGUUCUCCGUUGUUCUUCUGGGUUCUGGCAUAGUAGCUGGGUGGUUUUCACAUGCGCGGGAGUGCUGGAAACUGGAAGAGCAACUGCCUGGUGCGCAUGCUGUGAAGAUGAUCAUCUGGUUUCUGGUGUGCACAUGUGCACUGGCCAGCUGGUCUUCGCAUGUCCAUGCGUGCCAGAAACAGGAAGACCAGGUGGCUGGUGCGCAUGCGUGCACCAGAAACCAGAUCAUCUUCCCGGUGCGUGCAUGCGCACUGGACAGCUGCUCUUCCAUUUCUGGCAUGCACACGCGCGCACUCCCAUUUCAGCACUUGGCGCCGAAAAGGUUUACCAACACUGAUCUAGCACAUCUGGAAGGGACUAGGAUGGAGGACACUGUGCUGUAGCCAAAUUCUUGCAUGCAGGCUAUGCCAUUCCUCAAAUGCUUGUUUGCUUACCUCUAUGGAAACUUGGCAUCAGUUUUGGAUCAUUGUCAGAAUUGGGGUCAGUACAGAAAGUUGGACUUCUGACCUAGGCAUUCCUGAGAUGUGCAUAUUAUCCCCAUAUAUGUGCUCUGCCCCCAGUCAUAAAUUGUCGGCCCCUCCCGAGAGAUCCUUAUUUAUAGAGACAAGGUCACACAGUAUCUGGGGGAGGGCAGGACAGACUGCUUGGCUCCACUGGGAGAUGGCUUCAUUACUUGGGGUAUUUUUCCAGAGGAGGAAGCAGACUAUUGGGAUGUGGUAGAAGUUAAAUAAAUCUAACACCAAUUUAGGAAUUUGGGGAUUUGGGUGGAAUUUUGCUUGCCUGCUGUGUUUUCUUUCAAGAACAGAUUUGGUCUCAGUCCUUGGUGGGGAGAGCCACUGAAUGUUAAAACCAAUCUUCUCCCUCUCCAUCUUCCUCAACUUCCUGUCCUGCACAGAUGUGGACCAGAAUCUUAUCUCAUGGAUGAAGAUGCUGAGAGCGGCAGUUGUAGACAGGAAAUGCCACAUUCUAGAAGGCAGUGCCUGAAGUAAGAACGUUAGAACAAGAUAUCACAGGCAGCUCUCUAUGAAAUAUAUCACAAGACGUACAUAUGGGCCUUUAUCCAACAGAACGGCCACAGUGGAAGCAGGUUUCCUGCUGAACAGGAAGUGGAGCAGCUUAAGCCUUCAGUCUUCAGCUGUUCAUCUCUUCAGGAAUGCUCAGAUGUUCUCCUUUAAGAGUUCUGCUUCCUCAGGAUUAGGAGCCACAUGGACCCAUUGGUUAUUUUUUGGGAAGCAAAGUAGUUGGAGAUAAUUUGGGAAGAUGAGAAAGGGCCUCUGGUGGCUCAACAGACUAAUGCAGUCUGUUAUUAACAGCAGCUGCUUGCAAUUACUGCAGGUUCAAGUCCCACCAGGCCCAAGGUUGACUCAGCCUUCCAUCCUUUAUAAGGUAAGUAAAAUGAGGACCCAGAAUUGUUGGGGGCAAUAAGUUGACUUUGUAUAUAAUAUACAAAUGGAUGAAGACUAUUGCUUAACAUAGUGUAAGCCGCCCUGAGUCUUCGGAGAAGGGCGGGAUAUAAAUGCAAAUUUUUUUUAAAAAGAGAUUUUUGAAUGGAUAAAAAUAACCCUUUCUUUCUCUAUCAUGGAUUCUACAGCUGUUUUAUUGGAAAAGAAAAACGCAACUUCAAGAUGUGUGUGUAGGAAGAUGGGGAGGGGGAUCGAAACAGAAUUAGAUGUACAGAAAGCCCAGUUGACAUUCCCAGGAGCUGGAAGUCAGUGUUUCUCAACCUUGGCAACUUUUAAGAUGCAUGGACUUUAACUCCCAGAAUUCCUCAGCCAGCAUGGGAGGGUGAAUUUUUCAAUUCUGGGGGUUGAAGAAGUCCAUGCAUUUAAAAAGUUGCCGAGGUGGAAAAGCAAGAGUGCUAGAUCAUGCAAGCAGUAAUGAGAAGAAAAUGCAUGGAAGUUGGCUGGGGAUACUGCUAAAAAUAUUUGAAGUACAGCAGCUGCUAAAUAUUCAACACUUUCUUAUAUCAAGCAAUGCUUUACUUUCCUGUUAAAAAAUGAAUUUAGUCUUAACGAGGCCAGCUCAAUUACUUGUACGUCUCAGAGCUUGGCUUUUAAAAGUAUUAGGGAAACCAGUUCAGUUUGCAUCAGCCUUGUGUAGCCUGGCUUCAUCUGAAUGCACUGGAACACAGCUUCCUUAACUCUGAGUUGGAAUGAUCAUAAGUUUUGUAGUCCAAUGCAUCUGAGGGGCUAAAGUGGUUUACAUCUUAAUCAUGCAGAGUUAGAGUUUUUACACUUGUGAAUGGUACACAAUUAAGAGCUUGGUACACGCUUUACCAUGUAUUUUCAGACUCAUUUUUAUUAAUUAAGGACGGCGGCUGCCAAUA